UCGCCGGUCCCGGAUCUCUGGUCCUCUGAGAAUUAGAAGAUCCCGUUGUCUUCUCUGCAGGCUGCAAACUUGAAAACUUGCGCAGAAACCCUCAAAACCCUAGAGAAGAACGCCAUGAGAGGAGUUUUGCUCAGGAAUUUCGUUCUAUGUACUCGCAAUCUCCGUUCCUCUCGCACCAUCGAAUCUAGGUAUUUAAUCUCUAAUCUCAGUUAUUAUUCCCGCAAUCGCGUCCCUGUGGAGGCGCAAUAUGUUGGCUGUUUUCCUUCGAGAGUUCGGUAUUUCUCGUCCGAAGAUGGAAAGGCGGAUCCGGAAUCGAAUAAGGAAACUGAAUCUGUUGUAGCCGGAGAGGAAAAGGAGGCAAAGUUUGAGGUAGAAGAUGUCAAAAACAAAGAAUUAAAAGAGCAGAUAGAGAGCUAUUUCAAAGAUGGCAACGAGGAGCUGCUACCAACAAUUCUUGAGUCCCUUCUCAAGAGAAAGCUUGCUAGGAAGCAUGAGGAGACCGAUGAUGAAUUAAUAGAGGAGCUUCAGAUGAAGCCUAUAGAUGACGUUGAUGACCAAGAGUUUGAAGAUGAUUUUGAUGCUGCUCACGAGACUGAUGAAGAAAUUGAUAAUUUGUACAGUGCCAGAGAUAUUUCCAUAAAGAGAAUGACAGAAAAUAAUCCUUAUUUCAACAUGGACGACACAAAAUGGGAUGAAAUGAUAAAAGAAGCUAUUGAGCAUGGUCACCUUAGAGAUACGAAGGAGUGUGAAGAGAUCUUGGAGGACAUGCUUAACUAUGACAAGCUUCUACCAGAUGAUAUCAAGAAGAAGAUAGAAGAGAAGUUUAACGAGAUAGGUGAUAGAGUUGAAAAAGGUGAGCUUGAAGUUGAAGAAGGUUAUGCAUUGUUCAAGGAAUUUGAAGACCAGAUGGUCGUUGAAUGUGCUAAACUAAUGGAGGCAGAAGCCCCCAACUUUGAUGAGGAUGCUGUGACUGAUAACAAAAAGGACCUGGAUGACCCACCCGGUGAGGGGCCAAUCCUUAGGUGGCAAACACGAGUGGUCUUUUCUCCUGGUCCUGAUGCAUGGCAUCCAAAAAAUAGAAAAGUUAAGUUGUCUGUGACUGUAAAGGAACUGGGCCUAUCGAAGGCUCAGUUUGUGCGCCUGAAAGGAUUGGUUGGAAAGAGGUACAAUCCUGGGAAAGAUGAACUCACCAUAACAAGUGAAAGGUUUGAACAUCGGGAAGAGAACAGAAAGGAUUGCCUCAGAACACUUUUUGCUUUGAUUGAAGAGGCUGGAAAAGCCAAGAAACUCGUGGAAGAUGCUCGAACUUCAGAAAUUAAAGCGAGACUUAAAGCUAACCCAAAGUUCAUGGAACAGUUGCAAGCCAAGAAGAAAGCUUCAGUAACUGCAGGAUAAGGACUGCGG